CAUAAAUUUUCACAUUUUUCUAUUCCCGAAUAGUACACCUUUGCACAAAAAUAUGUAAUGUUGGUAUCUCGAAUUAAAGAAUUCCCCACCUCCCAUAAUUGGAAACGGCAAAAGUCAUUACUUUGAUAAGAUAUCGAAUUGAACGCCAGAUGAUAAACGACUAUACAAUACUCCAUCAAAUCACACUUUCGUCAACGCCAGCAACUGCUAAGCAGUUAACACUAUCGACAUUAUCGUCGAAGGUUUCUAUUUUCGCAGUCAGUUCAUCUAAAGUCACAAGUAUUUAGUAAAACUUACUCAGUGAAAGCCUAAGGAAGGGUCGAAGGAAAAGCCCUUUUGAUUACCAUUUAUCUUGAAAAUACUCUCGGAAAGCAAUAUAAACAUUAUGGCUUCUAAUGUCAAUACUGGUUUUGCUAAAUGCUUCAUUUCCUUCAUGGCAAUUGUGAUAUUGCUCCAAGGUUGUGUCUAUCUUGCUUUGUCAAUAUACGGAAUAACACAGGAGAGCUGCCAGAACGAAGAAACAACAGAUAUAACAAAAAAUCCUUUUGAAUUUGUAAUGCGCUUGAUUUACUUUCAAAGAGAAAACUGUGGAAAUCCAAAAGUAUCAGCGACAGGUCUCUCAAACGAAGUUGUAAUUGAAAUGAUUUGGUCGAAAUCAUUUGCCAUUACAAAUCGGACAUAUAUAUUUUUGAUCACAUAUGCGGUAGUAAGCGCAUUAUGGAUAGUGACAUCUCUGCUUGUUUUAGCUUCAAUUUGUGGGCGUGUUACAAACUUUGUUGCAGCCAUUUCAUUUUGGCCAUGGUUUUUGUUUGUAAUCGGAGGAAGUGUUCUCGAUGGCGUAGCAACUGGAUAUUUUAUAUGUGACAUUAUACACACAACUACAGUCAACGAUGCAUUUACAUAUAUCGGAGCUGAUACCACAAAUGCUGCUUUAAUGAGUAUCAUGGAAAAGUUUGAUGCUUAUUUCAUUACACCUGCUGUCGUUAUGGCCUGUUUGAGUUCACGUGUAGUGCUCAUAUGGCUGCUUAACAUUUUUGGUACCGGAUUUUGCUUGUCGUUAUCUCAUGUUCUGGCAAAAAAUAAUUCUAAUUCAAUAACAAACGAAAGUUCCACCAACAUCUCUGGAGAUCAAAGCUCUUCUAUUGGAGUCAUUGGAAACAAUUCGGUAGACACUAACCCUCGCCGUUCAGAACUGAAACCCAUUCAAACUGGUGCAAGGACACAAGAGCUAGUAACUGAACAAAUUCGAACGCCAAUUCAAAAUGAAAUAAAUUCGAACGAAAACCCACCAUCGAUUGUCUCGACUACAAUUCGCCAAGUCUCAUCUGUGUCAAUACAAAAUGAUAGUGAGCAAUUGAAAACAGUUGACAAUAAUGGAUCGUAUCGCAACACCGAUACACAUCCUGAUCGCCUUGACUACCCAGCUACGAGCUCUAGGCCGAUUUCUCCUAGUUUACCUCUGGAACAAGUUCAACACCUCUCAACAGAAACCCCUCUAAAUAGCCGCUAUUCAAAUGUAGAUGUCUCAAUGCAGCCAAACUCACGUGUGAACGCAGAAUUACGAAGUCAAUUGCCUUGGUCAUACACAAGUAUGCUAGGUAAACCUCAGGUGCCGCUUAAGCCUCAAAAGCAAGUUUAUCCGGAGAUUCCAAAGCCUGAUUAUACUACAUAAAAUAUAUUUAUGAACACCUUUUAAAGUUAGGAUACAUACACAUACGUAUGUAUGUAUGCAUGUAUAUAUGUACAUACCAACCAAGUUGACCAUUAAUAUUUUGAGUUUUCGUUCUGAAAUGUAACAGCAAAACAAUUACAAAUCGAACUUGUAGGAUUAUAAGAAAUGCUGUUUAGUAACAAUAGAAGUAUAUUCAAAUAAUAUAAAUAAAUGAAAAUAAUUUAUAUUGCCGUAAUUUAAAGAAU